CGAUUUUCACCGUAGAGCCAUUUCUUUCAGUGCGGGCGUUUUAUAAGGUCGAGUUGACAUUACAAGUUUACAAUCGUUUGUUCGACCAGCCACAUUAGAGUUAGAGUGUACGUUGCGAGAUGCGGGCGGGGAAGGACGUGAAGAAUUUCUAAUUCCCCAUCUCCUUCCUUUGGACCGUCGCUCACCCCCUUGGUACAAAUUUCUUUCUCUCCCUAGCCUCCCACUACUGUAUUUAUCAAAGAUGGCAGCUGUAAUUUUCACGAAGAAAAUACUGAGCAAUCACUUGCCAAAAUUACGCCUGCUCUGCAGGCUACAUCAGAAAGGUAUGUUUACUUUCGUGAUUUAGUUUAUGACUGAGCUUGUAAUUAUAUCUUUUGAUAAGAUUUCUGCACACCUCCAUAUUCAUUAUGCUUACAGUUCUUGGAUAUGAAAAGGAAAAAUGAUGAAAACACUACAUUGCCUUUGGAGCUAUGACUUUGUUUUAACUAGAGUAGGAGUUAUCGGAAAUCUGUCUAUUUCGUUUCACAAGGAAAGCAUUAUCAGGGUACCGUUUCUCAAGAAAUGUACCUUGUGCAUCAUAAUAGGUUCAGAAACUUAAGGUUCUGUUUUACCCCUCAGAUAAAGCAUUGGUCAGCUCACACCUUUGGCAUAUCGUCAAUGAGAAACCUCUAUGCCUUGUUGAAAUUUAAGUUAGGAUUGAUCAAAUUCCCAUACUGAAAAAAAAAAUAUGUAAAAAAAAAAAAAAAAAAAAAAUGUCUAGGUGAUCAGGAGAUAAAAUGCCACACAUUUAGUUUGACCUUCACAGCUUUUACCAAUGCUCUCACAUAUCCAAGAUCUCAUAAAAUGAUGCAUUGAGAAUAAAGGGGCUGAAAUGGAAAUCCUUUUCACAGGAUUUCUUGUGCUGUGAAAUUUGCCAAAUAAAAAAGUUUCUUUUUGAAAUUGUCUAUCACAACCAUGAUGCUUUCCAACAUACUGAAUUGAACAUAGGUAUAAACUUAAAUGUGGUGCGAUAUGUUAAAUUCCCACAGAACUGUUCCAUGCAACGAGGAAUCCCCUCCCAUAACCCAGCCACUGAGUUCAAAUUUCCUUCUUUCCAGGCUUAUCAGAGUCAAAUUUUGGGGAUGUGCUCUCUGGAUAGGAAGGGGGUACAAUGUUGAUAGUGAUUCUGUUUGAUUGAUACAACAAAAGAAUGAGCAGACCUUCCAACAGGGAACAGACAUAACCAUGGAAACCCGUCUUUUCUCUUUUGUUUUGAACAGGCAAUACUCCCCAAUUUCCAGAUUUGGAUCCACGAUGCAAGCGGUUUUCCAUCUCACAUAUUGAUCAUAUCGUGCUAACAGUUGAAAAUAUAGAGGCUACAGUACAAUUCUACACCCAAGCUCUUGGGAUGGAUGAGGUUACAUUUGGUCAAGGUAGGAAAGCUCUUGGAUUUGGAAAUCAGAAAUUCAAUUUGCAUCAAAAAGGGAAGGAGUUUGAACCAAAAGCUGCAAAUCCAACACCUGGUUCAAUUGAUAUUUGCCUUAUCACAAACACACCAAUAUCAAGUGUUAUCACACACCUGAGGAGUCUAGAUAUAAAGAUUGAAGAAGGACCUGUGCAGAGGACUGGUGCCAAAGGACCAAUUACUUCCAUUUACCUCAGGGAUCCUGAUAGAAACCUCAUCGAGGUGUCUAAUUACAAUGAUAAUCAUUGA